AUGAUCGAUGGCAAUGUUGGAGGCGGUGGUAGCGAAACCGAUAUUAUCGGUAGCGCAUCUGAGAUCAUCAAAGAUCGCCUUUAUUUCGCCACAUUACGUAUACGACCUAAAUCCACUGCCAACACACACUUCUUCUCCGUCGAUGAUGAAUACGUCUAUGAAAAUUUUUAUGCUGAUUUUGGCCCGUUGAAUUUAGCCGUCGUUCAUCGAUACUGUACAAAGUUGAAUAAAAAGCUAAAUAAUCCUACACUUGGACACAAAAGAAUCAUACAUUAUACAACCUUUGAUCCAAAAAAACGAGCAAAUGCAGCAUUUCUUAUCGCUGCUUAUUCAAUUAUCUACUUGAGACGAACACCUGAAGACGCAUACAAACCAUUAGUGAACGGUAUCAAUGCUUUCCAUUCAUUUCUGCCAUUUCGGGAUGCGUCACUUGGCUCGUCAUCGUAUAAUCUUACAUUACUCGAUACUUUGCAAGGACUCUAUAAGGCGAUGCUUCACGGCUUUUUUGACUUCGAAAAUUUCGACUUAGAAGAAUACGAACAUUACGAAAAAGUAGAAAAUGGAGAUUUGAAUUGGAUUGUACCUCGUAAAAUACUCGCGUUUUCCGGUCCACAUACGAAAAGUAAAAUCGAGAAUGGUUAUCCAUUGCACGCACCCGAAGCCUAUUUUACUUAUUUUCGUAAACGAAAUGUGACGACCAUUGUACGUCUGAAUAAGAAAAUCUAUGAUGCCAAACGAUUUAGCGACGCUGGUUUUGAUCAUCAUGAAUUGUUCUUCAAUGAUGGUAGUACACCGAGUGAUGCGAUUACGCUGAAAUUCCUGAGUAUUGUGGAACAAGCGAAAGGAGCUGUUGCCGUUCAUUGUAAAGCGGGCCUUGGUCGAACGGGUACUUUGAUCGGCGCAUACCUAAUGAAGCACUAUAAAUUUACAGCAGCUGAGAUUAUUGCUUGGUUGAGAAUAUGCCGGCCGGGUUCUGUUAUUGGACCUCAGCAAAAUUACCUCGAAGAAAAACAAGCGUGGCUCUGGUCAUUAGGCGAUAUGUAUCGAAUUAAAGACCGUCCGCGAUACAUGUCCUCGUACGGUGUAAAUUCCGCUAUGGACACGACGGGUCUUGGUCCCCUUCGGUACUCAAUAGGAGACUCGAAUAAUAAUAAUGAAGAAGAGAAUGACAAUGAAAUAACGCAAGGCGAUCGAUUGAAUGAAAUCAAAGCACGUCGUAUGCAACAGCAUCAUUCCACAAGCCCAUCACAUUGGGCAUCUCCAAACACGAAUGUGACUUCGAGUUUAACUCUGUUCACAAGACCUUUAUUGUCAGCAGCAACCAUGGAUGAUGAACACAUAGCGCCACUUCGACUAUACAAGAAUCGUGCUGUUACGGCUCCUAUCAAUUUCCAUGAAAUCCAUCGAUCGACUCUAUUUGCUACGCUAGACUCAGAAAGCUUCGAUCCAUCGUCAGCAUACAAACGCGCUCAAACAGCACUGAUCUCUUCGGGCGGCGUACCACUUCAAAAUGUCUCAUCGUCGAUGGCUCCAUCAGCAAAUCUCCGUCGUAGCUAUACACCGGUAUCAAAUACGCCGUCAAAUGCUCUGGCAAGUUCCAAUUGGCGCAAGCCUCGGUCUUACAUAACCCCAUCGGCAUCGACUAUGAAAACUCCGAUGUAUUCCAGUGGACGUUACAUGACUUCGGCAUUGAAUGAUAAUAUGGGCACAACCUUAACUAUAUCUGAUAGCGCCAAUCGUGAUCCUGUUUCAUCAGCGAUAUUGAAAACUUCUUCAAACCAACAAUAUCGUGGUAAAUCACCGAUCGCGAACACGACUUCAUCACCCACUCAUUCUUAUUACACACGAUCAAAAUCGUCUUAUUCCAAAUAUUGA